UUAAUAAGCUUCCCAAUCAGCUCUCGGGUGAAAAGCACUCUCCCUCCCUCGCCCAGCCUGCAUCCUCUCCCAUCCCUCCCAUUCUCCAUUUCCCUUCCGUUCCCUCCCUGUCAGGGCGUAAUUGAGUCAAAAGCAGAUCAGGUUCCCCGCCUUCCAGUCCAAAAAUCCCGCCAAGGGAGCCCCAGAGCACAGGAAAAUCCAAAGUGGAGAGAGAGGAAGAAAGAGACCAGUGAGUCGUCUGUACAGAAGAGCAGAGCAGCGGCCGCCCAGGCAGGAGCAGCAGCGCGCAGGGUACCUGGACUCCAGCAGCGGCAAACCUCGCCCCUUCCAACAAAGGCAGCCUGAGCGCCAGGGAGGACAUUUGCAGCUCAAAAAUGCAGUCCCAACAGUACCAACAGCAGCGUCGAAAAUUUGCAGUUGCCUUCUUGGCAUUCAUUUUCAUUUUGGCAGCUGUGGACACUGCAGAAGCAGGGAAGAAAGAGAAACCAGAAAAAAAAGUGAAGAAGUCUGACUGUGGAGAGUGGCAAUGGAGUGUGUGUGUGCCCACCAGUGGAGACUGUGGGCUCGGCACCCGAGAGGGCACUCGGACUGGAGCAGAGUGCAAACAAACCAUGAAGACCCAGAGAUGUAAGAUCCCCUGCAACUGGAAAAAGCAAUUUGGAGCGGAAUGCAAAUACCAGUUCCAGGCCUGGGGAGAAUGUGAUCUGAACACCGCUCUGAAGACCAGAACCGGAAGUCUGAAGCGAGCCCUCCACAAUGCUGAAUGCCAGAAGACAGUCACCAUCUCCAAGCCCUGUGGCAAACUGACCAAGCCCAAACCUCAAGAAUCUAAGAAGAAGAAAAAGGAAGGCAAGAAACAGGAGAAGAUGCUGGAUUAAAAGAUGCCCCCUUCUGUGGGAUAUGAAAAGGACAUCAACAAACAGCAUCAGUUAAUGGUUGCAUUUAUACCUACUGUAGGCUUUGUAUUCAAAAAUUAUCUAUAGCUUAAGUACACAAUAGGCAAAAACAAAAAGAAACAAAAAUUUUUGUAGUAGCAUUUUUUAAAUGUAUACCAUAGUACCACUAGGGGCUUAUAAUAAAGGACUAUAAUCCAAUUUAGAGAGUUGACUUAUAGUACAUGUUAAAUGAUAGACAACUGAGGUAAGUUUUUUCAAGCUAUGUGGUAUUUUACAUUAAGGUUUUCUUCUUGUUUUUUACUUUUUGUUUCCUUUUGGCAACAAUUUAAAUGUUAUGACCAUGUAAGCUACUUCUCUUGAUAGGUAAUUUUUCACCUAGACCUUUUUUUUCCCAAUUCAGAAAAAUAUAUACUAAACAAAACAGCAAUAAAAUAUAUUCACUCUAUUUGAGGAAAAUAUCUUGUUUUCUACAAACGGAUUAAAAAAUUUAGCAAAAUGGGAGAGGGGUAGAGGCAGAGCAUGCCCUUGUUCAAUGUUGACUUUUUCUUUAAAAAAAUAUUGGAACAUAAAAAUCCUUUCAUUUUGGCAGAAGCAUUUGUGUUCUUGAUGAAAUUAUUUUUCCAUCUGAGGAAAAAAACUAGGAAAUAAAUCAAGGUUAUGCUGAAAAA